GCGUCAUGCAUGGCGUCACCCGCCACACGACCCUCUGUACCCUGAUGUAGCCAGGCCUCUACCUCACCUCCCAGCGCAGUCUCCACACACACAGGACCUGCACACCCGGGUAGCCACCCGGCCCCUGCCAGUCCUCCUCCUAGCCCUGACUACCAGCACUGGUCAAACUGUGAGUCGCUGGAUGGAAGGGUAGACAAACUUUAACCCAUUCACCGCAAGUUCCAAGCUGCGCUGUGCUGCAACAUUUGUCGGCGUCUUCUGUAAUCCAAUUUUUUCAGUCCUUUUUGACAAGAAUGUACGGAGCCAUCUGCAACUCCCGGGGUCCUCCUCGACACAGUAACCCUAGUCACUACACCAAAGAGGAGAUUUCUUCUGGUCGUCCCUCCCUUCAGAGUGAAACCCGGGGCAACAGUAACUGCAAUGAUGUUACUUACGUGGAAUACUGCGGCGCAUCCUCUGGCGGCUCUAAGCCUGCAGCCUCCAAGUCCUUCAUCAGUCAAGAUGCAGACAGGCUCGCCAAAGAAUGGACUAACUUCAUUUGUAAAGAAGUCUGCCUUGCUGAAAUGGACAAAAAUGAUUCCAAUGAGGCCAGUGAUCGUUGUCGAGACAGUGUCCUGCGUGACCAGACCAAGGAGGAAGAUCCUGCUUCUGAUGUACGAUGGCCGGACACCGGGUGUCAGGAAGUCUAUCCUGCUAGAGAGGCUGAAGAAUACUGUAGAGCUACUGGUGAUCACUAUAAAUGUAAUGCAACUUGUGCCCAGCUCAGUGGUAGAGGUCUUCAUGAAUCUACUGUAGAAUGGCCUGGAAGUCAGUUUACUGAAGUCUGUACGACAAUUAACCGAUGUCAAGACAACCGCCCAGACAGGUGUUGCACCAGGUGUAGGAGACCUUUGUCAGGUGAGGAGUAUGGUGGAGCCCUCAGGUCUGUGUGCGAUCGAGACUCGCCGAGUCCUCUCUGCAGAUACGCUGCCCCUGACCACCACCAGGAGUCAAUCUACCUGAGGUCUUGCAGUCGGUGUGAUGGCUUUCAGCUUUGUAAUCCAGUAACCAGCCUCUUCUACGAUCAAACACACUGUGCUAAAGUCUGCCAACGCAUAGAGGGCGCUCGACCAUAUGAUGCACAGGUCCUUGCUGUCAUCAAACAUAGCAGGUCUGUGAAGAUAACACAAGAUUGUACCGAAGGCGCACCAUCGUUCAGGAGGUGAAUUCUCAGGGAAAGGGGCUCAUUUUCUACAAAAGUGAAACACUGUCCACAACAGGGGGACCAUGAGCUGAACUCACUGGAGGCAACGUGGAGACCGGCGCUCAUCUCACUCAUGUUUGUUGUUGUCUUGCCUGUCAACCGCCAUUCUCUCCCGAAUCCAGAAUUUUCACGAAUUCUUAUUACAUUUGGUGAGGUCAGGUGUUGACCUGGACUCUCUGCUGCUGACUGAGCUUUAGCUGUCAUUAAAACACUGUGCCCCCAAACA